ACUUCAAGGUCAGGCUUUUCGUGCAAGAGGUUACGGGUAUGAGAUUAUCUGCUGCAUCCCGAUAUAUAAUAUGUCCACUUUAACACUAUUUAAGGUUUGGGAUUACUCACGCUAACAGUUGCACAUAAAAAAACUGCCUUCGAUCAACAAUGAUUCCUGGUAGUCAAGCGCAUAUUAACGCUAGAGAUGCAGCGGUAAAAUCUAUCGAAGAACUUGCCAACUAUUUCAAAGUUGACUUAAAAACUGGCCUUGAUCAUACUGAAGCUCAACAUCGACUUAAGUUAUGUGGUCCAAAUGAAUUGAAACACCCAAACCCAGAUCCUUUAUAUAAGAAAUAUCUCGAACAAUUCAAAGAACCUAUGAUACUGUUACUACUUUCAUCAGCAUGUAUCAGUCUUAUUAUGAAGCAAUAUGAUGAUACCAUUAGUAUUACUGUUGCAAUUUUAAUAGUGGUUACUGUCGCGUUUAUUCAGAGUUAUAGAUCAGAAAAAGUCCUAGAAGCUUUACAAAAAUUGAUGCCACCGAAAUGUAGCUGUCUACGCAGUGGUGAAAUGCAUACAUUUCUAGCUUCAUAUCUUGUUCCUGGUGAUAUUGUCUGUUUAUCAGUUGGUGAUCGUCUCCCAGCAGAUUUAAGACUUUUCGAUUUGACCGAUUUACGAAUGGAUGAGUCUAGUUUGACUGGAGAAACUGAAGCCGUUCCCAAAUCUUCAGAGGUUCUUUGUACACAUUUCCCGAUUUCUAAUACUUCUGAAGUUAGAUUUUCAUCAACACAAAAUGUGAAUAUAGGCGAUAACAAAGCUGUUGAACGUCUACGUGGAUGUCAUGAUCUAAUUAAUAUUGGAUUUAUGGGAACAUUAGUCUGUUCGGGUACUGGAAAAGGUUUGGUUAUUGGAACUGGAGAACAUUCGGAAUUUGGUGAAGUUUUCCGUAUGAUGCAUUCAGAAGAAGCACCACGUACACCACUUCAGAAGAGUAUGGAUAAGUUGGGAAAGCAUUUAUCUGCUAUCUCUUUAAUUAUUAUUAGUAGUAUAGUGAUUAUUGGUCUAUUUCAAGGACGCCAUAUUUUAGAAUUGUUAACCAUUGGCGUAAGUUUGGCAGUCGCAGCAAUCCCUGAAGGUCUUCCUAUUGUAGUAACUGUCACUCUAGCUAUUGGCCAAAUGCGUAUGGCAGCAAGAAAUGCGAUUGUUAGACGACUUCCAGCUGUUGAAACUCUUGGUUGUGUAAAUGUAGUUUGUUCAGAUAAAACUGGAACCAUGACGAAGAAUGAAAUGACUGUAUCACAUAUAGUUACUGGUUCAUUAGAAAGAUACACAAUUCCUAUUCAACAAGCCAAUAAACACAGUGAUACUACUUGUGUAAAGUUAGAUAUGAAUUAUGCCAAUCCUUCUAAUUAUUUGACUGUAACUUCUGCUGCCACUCCUACUGCAACCAUUAAACUAGAUAGCGUUUCACUAUCAAAUAAAUUAAUGUCAAAUCAUAUCAAUCCUCAUUAUCAGAUGUCAGCAAAUGCUAGAUCAGUUUCGUUUGAUGAAUUACGUACACCAUAUUAUUAUCCACCAUCUUUGGAUAGCAUAAUACAGAUUGGUUGUAUUUGUAAUAAUGCUACAAUUCGAAAUAAUCAGUUAUUCGGUCAACCCACAGAAGGUGCACUAUUAAGACUGGCCUCCCAAUUUCAUGCAUUAGAUGAACGUGCAUUUUAUACUCGUUUACAAGAAUGGCCAUUUAGUUCCGAGUCAAAACUUAUGAUUGUUAAAUGUGUUCGAAAUAAUCAAUCAUCGACUCCUGAUGAACCAGUCUACUUUGCUAAAGGAGCUGUAGACCAAUUGCUUAAUCGUUGUGCCUUUACAUCUUUUUCAAACGAUUCUGCAAUUUCAAUGCAAUCAUCACCAUCUGAUGGUCAUCCAUAUAUGUUAUCGAAUCGUUAUUCUAAUAAUAGUUCUAUAAAGCCAAUGGAUUUAGAGACUAGAAAAGCAAUACUUAAUGAAGCAUCCAUACUUGGUAACUUAGGUUUACGUGUAUUAGCAUUGGCUAAAGGUGUUAAUUCUGAACAGAUGAUUUUCCAUGGAUUAGUUGGUUUAAUUGAUCCACCACGUCCGGGUGUAACUGAGUGCAUUCGAAUAUUAAAUGAAUCUGGUGUUCGCGUGAUUAUGAUAACUGGUGAUGCUAAAGAAACUGCAUGUACAAUUGGCUCUCGUUUAUCUCUUUAUCGUCCUGGUGAUCUAUGCCUCAGUGGUGAAGAAGUAGAAAGAAUAAGCGUUGAACAAUUAAUGUCAGUUGUACGUAAUGUUACUGUGUUUUAUCGAUCCGGACCGAAACAUAAGUGCAAAAUCGUCAAGGCUCUACAACAAUCCAAUUUAGUUGUCGCAAUGACUGGUGAUGGUGUGAAUGAUGCAAUCGCAUUAAAGUCAUCAGAUAUCGGUAUUGCAAUGGGUCGUACAGGAACAGAUGUAUGUCGUGAAGCUGCUGAUAUUGUUUUAUUAGACGAUAAUUUUGCCACAAUUUUAGCUGCGAUGGAAGAAGGCAAAGCAUUAUUUCAUAAUAUUAAAAAUUUCAUCGGCUUUCAAUUAAGCACGUCUAUAGCUGCUCUAGCCUUAAUUGCUUUAUCCACAUUACUUUCACUUCCAAGUCCAUUGAAUGCUAUGCAAAUUCUUUUUAUUAAUAUACUAAUGGAUGGUCCACCUGCUCAAAGUCUAGGCGUAGAGCCACCAGAUCCUCACGUAGUUAGACAACCUCCCAGACGAGCAAAUGAUUCUAUUUUGGAUGGUCGUUUAAUGUUCAAUGUAUUGACAGCUUCAUCACUAAUUGUCUCUGGUACUUUAUGGAUUUUCUUUAGAGAAUUGUCUGAUAAUAAAGUUACACCACAUGAUACAACUAUGACUUUUACAUGUUUCGUUUUAUUUGAUAUGUUCAACGCAUUAAGUUUUCGAUCACAGAUUCCAAGAUACCACUGUUAGAAACAACCUUGACACUAUUGACUACCGUUACUAUAUAAAUAUAAUUAUCAUCUUUAUUCUAUCCAAUAUGAAAAACAAUUUUACUAAUGCAAAAGUUACUGAUUUUUCCACAGGAGGAUUAUAAAACUUGUAUAUUAUAUUUUAUCAUGAACCUUCAUAUGACAAAGCAGUGCACCUCAUCCCCCUAAUUCAUGAAUACUUCCACGGAAUCAUUUAGUCUCAUAUUUACACAACAUUACCCUUUACUCCUUAUCGGAUGUAUAAUACAAUCUGUUGGUAAAUUUCACUUGCUACGUUCAGCUUUGUAUGCUUCCCUAUAACCCAUAUUAUUUGUGUAUGGAUCACUAAUACUAACCAGCUAGCCAAACCGUAGUAGAUCGAACUGAUUUCAAAUUUAACAGUCAGUAAUUGAAAAUCAAUAACUGUAGCUGUCAAGUUACCCCUUCUCAUGUCACUUUUUUUAUAGAAUAAAUCGAUCUUCUCAUUGGGAUUUUUCUCUAACCGUCUGUUUGUACUAGCUGUUGGGUUGUCUUUAUUUGGUCAGUUAUUGGUAAUAUAUUUCCCACCAUUGCAAGCUGUCUUUCAAACUGAAGCAUUGACAUUAAAAGAUUUAGUUUUAUUAGUUUGUUUAACGUCAUCGGUAUUUUUCGUGUCUGAACUACGUAAACUUGUGCGCAUACGUUCAGAUUUCUAUUUCUGGGCUACAUAUUUUUUGUCGUUUAUAAAAAUACCAAGACGAGUAAAAAUGGAUGGAAAUAUGGUUUGAUGUGUUGAUUUUUAUGCCUUGUUAAAAUAAUGUCCUUUUCCUAUAAACAGAAAAUAAACGAUUUUAUGUUAAGAUAUACACGCACACAUUACGGAGUUUACUUUUUAUAUUUAUAUGUGACGUAUACACAUUUGUAAUAAUUUUUAAAUGUAUCUUAUUUAGGUAACAAUCUAUCUCAAACCUACUUUAAUUCUCCUAUCUUAUAGUAAAAUACUAACAGUUGAGAGAAUUGUAUGUAUCUAUUUCUUUGCUAAUGAAAAUAAAAUACCAUUCUGCCUGUACAUUAAAGUAUGUUUGUUUCAGUUAUAUUUCUCAUUUUCUUUCUAUCCCCAUUUUCAUGUAUUUUUGUCGUAUCAUAUAUGGUGCCAUUUUAUUAUCCUUUGGUUUAUGUCAAUAUUAUUUUUUUUAAAAAUUUUCUGGUCAUCUAUUUUGCUUCAAUUAUGAAUACUGAUUCGGUUUGUUCCUUUUUUUUUGUAAAAAAUUAAUAAAGUUUAUGUCCUGUUUCCAAUUGCUUUUGUUUCACUCACCUUUUUGUACUUAUAUGAAUGCUUCUCAUAAUCCAAUGUACUAAGUUAAUGUCGCUUCUUCUUUCACUUGUGAUUUGUUAUGCUGAGAUUUCUAGAUUUUAUAAAAAAAGAAUUCUGUACGUGUGUAUGUCGAUAAAAGUCAAAUGAUAUUCCUUCGAUCUUAUCAUCACCAUUAUCACUAAUAAUAUUCAUUCACGCAGUAAUGUACUUACUGUUCUCAUGUAUCUUCUGUUUCUUUUAUACUCACUAUUCGUCUUUCUAAGAUAUUCAAGUCAGUGUUUUGUAGUAGAAAUAAAAAGUUGUUUUCUUGUUC